AUGUAAUCUUUCAAAUAGUGGGGUACUGGGGUUGUUAAUGAAAGAAAUGUAUUUACGUUCAAAAAAAAAUUACCCUUUCGAAAUUCUAUUAAAAAGUAGUUUUUGUAAUCGUUUUUUCUAUGUUUUUCUAUGUCAAUAAUGGAUGUUAAAAAUUUAUCCAAAUGCUUUUUCCCCCCCUUUGGGCCGGCCGGAUAGCGUAUUUUAAAGGUUUCCUUGAUUAAUAUAUUGGGCCGGUUACCAUAAUUAAUGUUCUGCAUCUGGACGCAAGCCCAACACAGUUCGUGGAUAAGGGCAUCCAAGAAUUGCUUCUUCCUCACUUCGGCUCCGGGCUUUUCCAGCCAAAAGUGGCGCCGCUCCCCCACCCCUGGCGUCUCUUCUUCUACGCUCGUCUUCUUCCCCGAUUCAUCCCCAACGAUCAGCCUUAUCAACAGCAAAGAAGGCAUAAUGAGGUUGGAGAAGUGUUGGUUUUGCUCAUCCACUAUAUACCCGGGGCAUGGUAUUCAGUAUGUUCGGAAUGAUGCUAAGAUUUUUAGGUUCUGCAGAUCUAAAUGUCAUAAGAACUUUAAGAUGAAGAGGAAUCCACGAAAGGUCAAGUGGACUAAGGCCUAUAGACGGUUACAUGGAAAGGACAUGACACAGGACUCAACCUUUGAGUUUGAGAAGAAGCGAAACAGGCCCGAGAGAUAUGACAAGAAUGUAACAGAGAACACUUUGAAGGCCAUCAAGACAAUUAUUAAAGUCAGGGACACCAGGGAGGCUCGACACCACAAAAACAGAUUUAGAUCCAAGAAAGCAAUGAAAAACAAAGAAGCAGCAAAGGAACUUGAGCAGAGCAUCCACAUGAUCAAAGCACCCAGCGCUCUCCGACAAGAUGCUUCUCUCACUUUGCCCAUCAAGGUCAAGGUCUCACAACAGUCCCAAGAUAACCGCAUGGAAGAGUAAAUCUCUCUCUUUUGCCUGUCAUUGAGCCGGACGCUCAUUCCAAAUUCUCCUAAAAACGGUUUCGUUCCCAUUUUUGCGUUCACUAUAUUGCCCGUAUCUCAUUGCCUUUGUUCUUGUUUAUGCUAAGAUCCAACAUCAUUAUCACUUGUGUGUAGUACAAUGAUCAAACAUGUUUUCUAAGGAUUAUACUUGGGGGAUGAUGAUAUUUGAAUGAUAAAGAUUGAAUUUAUGACUUCCUUUUUUGUCUUAAUUAAUGUUGAGAAAUGUU